AUGGUACCGUCCUACGAUGGUUUGAAUCUGCCAGUUAUCAAUGAACAAUGUAUGCCUGAAAAUAAUGGAUCUCUUGGGUUUGAAGCCCCCACUCCAAGACAGGUUCUGAGGAUUACACUGAAUUUGAAGUAUUUAAUCGAUAAGGUUAUACCUAUUGUUUAUGAUCCUACUGAUAUCGUAUGUGACCAUUCUGAAGUUUUAUCUCCAAAAGUUAUGAAGUUGGCUUACGAGGCAUGUGGUGGGAACCCUAAAAACAAAAUCAACAAAAGAAAAUAUCAGUCGGUUAUCAUAUUCUCGUUACUUAAAGUUUGUGAGUGGUAUUCUAUAUUGGCUACUAUGGAAGUGCAUAAUGCCAAGCUUUACGAAACUAGAAAUUUAGCUUCACAGCAGUUAUGUAAAUUGUUAAUUGAAAAAGAAGAAACAAGAGAUCUGCAGUUUCUUUUUAUGCAAUUACUGCUGCGUCGUUAUGUGAUCAACGAGAACGACGAAGAUCAAGACCCAUUGAAUGCUUUGGAGCUUGCCACAGAUAUGCACUGUACUACAGUGAUAGGGUCGAGCGGAUUUCAACGUUGUUUAAAGUGGAUAUGGAGAGGUUGGAUAGUUCAAAAUGGUCUAGAUCCCACAACUUUUGUCAAGGACGAUUCACUGGCGGAAGUUUCCAUGAUUUCGCACUUUAACCCAGUAAGACUAAAGGCACCGGUAUACCAGAAUUAUCUACAGAUGACCUUUUCAUUUUUGUUUCUGGGACUUUAUACUUUGGUGGUUAAUGGAAAGGACUCUGAAAAAGUUCAAUCCUUUGAUUUGUGGGAAAGUGUAUUUUAUAUAUUCAAUACUGGUUUCAUCUUGGACGAACUCACUAAACUUUAUUAUAUCGGUUAUGCACACCUAUCGUUUUGGAAUUUAUUUAACGAUACCACAUAUUUGAUAAUCACUUUGGCUAUGGGGUUCCGUGCAAUGAGUGUGACUCCUCUCAAUGCGAAAUACUCUUCGGAAGAUUGGGAUAAAAUAUCAUAUAGGGUUUUAUCGUGUGCAGCACCUUUUGUGUGGUCAAGACUUCUAUUGUACCUUGAAUCACAAAGAUUUAUUGGUAUAAUGCUGGUUAUAUUAAAACAUAUGAUGAAAGAAUCCAUUGUCUUUUUCUUCCUUUUAUUCUUAAUAAUGAUUGGAUUCACUCAAGGCUUUUUAGGUUUGGAUUCAGCAGAUGGUAAAAGAGAUAUCACGGGUCCCAUCUUGGGUAACUUAACAAUCACUGUUUUGGGACUUGGAAGUUUUGACGUUUUUGAAGAAUUCGCUCCACCCUAUGCGGCAAUAUUGUAUUAUGGAUACUAUUUUAUCGUUUCUGUUAUCCUUUUAAAUAUCUUGAUUGCGCUGUAUUCAACUGCUUAUCAGAAGGUCAUUGACAACGCAGAUGACGAGUACAUGGCUUUGAUGUCACAAAAGACGUUAAGGUACAUUAGAGCGCCUGAUGAAGAUGUCUAUGUUUCUCCAUUGAACUUAAUUGAACUGCUUGUGACUCCUAUUUUACGUGUUCUUCCACCAAAGCGUGCUAAAGACCUGAGCUAUGUUGUUAUGACAAUAGUAUAUAGCCCAUUCUUGUUGCUCAUUUCUGUUAAAGAAACACGUGAAGCUAGAAGAAUAAAAUACAACAGGAUGAAAAGAUUGAAUGAUGAUGCAAACGAAUACGAUACCCCGUGGGAUUUAACAGAUGGUUACUUGGAUGAUGAUAGUGGUUUAUUCUCUGACAGCCAAAAUUCAGGCAUGAGAGCUACCCAGUUGAAAAAUUCACGUUCGUUAAAAUUGCAAAGAACGGCUGAACAAGAGGAUGUACAUUUCCAUGUCCCCAAGAUAUGGUACCAAAAAGUCAAAAAAUGCAGUCCCUCUUUCGAGCAGUAUGAUGAUGACGAUACUGAAGAUGAGGUUGAUGAUAAAGAUGAUGUCAAAAAGCUCGCUGAAAAAGUGGAAAGUUUAACAGCCGUAAUAACCGACCUGGUCGAAAAACUGGAUUUAAAGGAUAAAAAAGAAUGA